UUACUUUUACACUUUGGUAAGGUGUACCUUUACAUUGCCAGGCCCACCAAGGAAAUGAUUGCAAUGUAAGACAUCCAUAGACAUGUAACCCUCGGCUCCGUUUCACUAAAUUAUGAGGGUUCAUGUGGCCAGGAUGAGAAUAUCCAGUUCUCAGCUGGGAAAUAGAUACUACGGAGAAUCCACUAGGGCAUGGGUGGCCUCCUGGCUCCCAGGCAUUGGCACUAGUAAGUAGAUUUAUUCAGUUGUGCAACACUAUACCAGCAGGCCUAUUAUGGUCUAAACAUUACGCCAGGUGCUAGGGAUCAAGGAAGAAUGGAGAAAUUAACUGGAAGGAUAAAGUUGAACAAAUACUUAAAAGAACACUCUAAAAAUCUGUAAAGGAAAUACAACAGUUUAAUCCGUGCUUUGGUCCAGGUAUACUGGGAGAGAGUUUCCCCUCACCCUCCCAAGGGGAUGAUUUGAGGGGAUUAGAACAGUAAUCCUCAGGUUAGGUGUCAAGGCUUGAGGUCCGAAUCCCAACCCAGACCCACACCUGGACCUGUUGUUUCCCUUAAUUCCCAGUAUGAGAUCCGGGAAUUAGUGGUCUGGUUGUCAGUCCACUCGGGGUCAAGUACCCCUAGAACACCCCCAAACGAUUCUCCCCUUACUCAGGAGACCCCCACCUACAUAGGCCCUUUAAUUGUUCUUAGCUUUUUUUUUUUCCCCUUUUGUUAGACAGGGUUUCUGUGUGUAGCCCUGGCUAUCCCUGGAACUCUCUUUGUAGAACAGGCUGGACUCGAACUCACAGAGAUCCGCCUGCCUCUGCCUCCUUAGUGCUGGGAUUAAAGGUGUGUGCCAACACCGCUCAGUGAACAACUGUUCUUAAGGACGGUGUCAAGUGACCUUCAUAGAAGGUGCGACUCCUUUAAAAUGAAAGAGCAAACACGCACGGGCGUCACAAACCCUAAACCCAAACCAGAGUGCCAACCAGAAGGCCUGGCUCCUUCCAAAGCGCGGAGCUUUAGAGAAGCCCCGAGAAUCGCCCCGCCCCCGAAGCGCGAGCGCCGAUUGGUCAGCGUGAUCGCAGGGCGUGGCCAGAUCUUAAAGGUCCAAGAGCUUAGUAGGCCGGGAGGAGGCGGUGGCUGCUCCGGGAACCCCAGAGGAAGUGAUGCCUCAAAGGCCCAUGUAGGUGUCUUUAAAACCUCGCUAAUGUCCAGACUCAAGUUCCAGAUCUAUGGAGCCCACCAGAAACUGUCCACUCUUCGGAGGCGCCUUCUCCGCCAUCCUCCCCCCUGGGGCCAUUGAUGUGAGCGACCUCCGACCGGUCCCGGACAACCAAGAAGUUUUCUGCCAUCCCGUGACCGACCAGAGUCUGAUCGUGGAACUUCUGGAGCUGCAGGCCCACGUGCGGGGCGAAGCGGCUGCGCGGUACCAUUUUGAGGACGUUGGCGGGGUGCAGGGGGCUAGGGCUGUGCACGUGUUAUCUGUGAAGCCUCUCUGUUUGGAGAACUUAUCCCUGAGGGGCUGUUGUCAAGAUGCCUGGUUCCUUUCUGGCAAGCAGCAGGUAGCUAAAGAAAACCAGCAGGUAGCAAAGGAUGUCACACUAUAUCAGGCCUUGCUUCGGCUGCCCCAGUACCAGACUGAUCUGUUGCUCACCUUCAAUCAGCCCCCCAGGUCUCUUGGCCCUGAAAAUCUGUCAUGUCCACCCUGGAGCCUGGGUAACUUUGAACAACUGGUGACUAGUUUGACUCUUCAUGAUCCCAACAUCUUUGGUCCCCAGUGAAGAUGAUGGCACAUAACAUACUGCUGCUGAGGACUCAGGGAUCUGGUUCUGAGAGGGGGAGUUCCUUUCUACUUGUCCCUGGACACAAACAUGAGACACCUCCUCUGCAGAAAUAAACUUGCUUUAUAAACAACA